GGAGAGGAGGAUCCACCACCAGCCCCGUUGCGUCGUCGGAAUCCCGUGACAAUGUCGUCUUCGUCGUCGUCGACGAGGACACUGGCAGCAAGAGCAACAACAACAACAAGGAGGCGUGUUUUUCUUUCUCCGAUCGGCAGCGGCCACGUCCUUGGAGUGCAACGCGAGACCGAAUCUCGGGGAUUCUGCCUCCACUCUCGGGAGUCCAGGUCCUGGGAGAGCCACUGGUGGUCCAGUUCCGUCGUUGAUGGAGUCUAGUCUAGCGUAGCACCCGAUUCCCGAUUCCACCUACGCUUGCGCACUCCAUGUGCGCAGGCGCCGUCAAAUAUAUCACUGCAGAGGGGCUUGUUGUUCACGUCGCAUCCUCCGAUGCAUAUAAGAACCUUGUGGUUAGAGGCAGGUACUUCUAGGCCGAGCGCGGUAGUACCUGUAAGCUACGAUGUUGCUAAUCUCGUGCUUCACUAUCCACUUCGGAUGUUGGCUGGCCAGGUGAGUGUGUCGGGUCGUUUUUGCUGCUUAAAGUGAAGUGAAGCUGGGCUGUGAGGUUGUCCGUGAGCUCUGCUGGGUUUGCCGAAGCCAUCAAAUAAUUUUUGGAGCUUGCCCCUUUGAGAGUUCUGUUGUUUAUUUUUCCUUUUCCCCUCCCCCCCUUCAAUCACAAAGGGGGUUGCGGUGCUGUCGCUAACAUGGGGUUGUGUCUAGGCUACAUGCUUUUAGAUCGCGUGGUUAGUAUGUGUGAAACAUGUUAGUGUAGAGCAAUGAGGGCGCUGAGAAGAGGGUCGCCACCGCAAGGGGUGUGUUUCACCUUUCUAGGAGAUCCUUCUUUCCUCUAGGAGUGAAGGGCUUGUGCUUUAUUUAUUCAUUUAUUUUCCCCUCUUCCUUCCUUCUUCUUCGUCUUCUUCUGUUCACUGUUUUCCGGUCCUUUUCAUUGCGCUUCGACCAGCGUGUUCGCACCGGUCAGCCAACAGCGACAAGUUGUGCACAUGAGGCUCCCCUCACUCAGAAAGUGGCAAUCUACGACGAAUGACGUUGAAGCGAAUUCUGGCCCAAGAUAUGGCAUUGUUCUCGACAGCUCUAAGGCAAUCCCGCAAUCACCACGCAAGGGCAAAUGUGCUCCACAGCGUGUUCGUGUUCGAUGGUGUGUCCGGAGCUCGCAGAAUCCAAUAGCCAAGGUAAAAUGGAUCCAGAAUUAUGGAGUAAGCUUCCUCAGAAAAUACUUCUGGACGUGCUAGCAAGGCUUCCCCACAACUGCAUCGCCAGGUGCCGCGAGGUGUGCAAGAUAUGGAAGGAGCUUCUUGUGAUGAAGCACUUCACAGACAGGAUUGUAUCGGUUCGAAAAUCUCAUACCCCUUUCUUGCUAGUAUGCGUCAAGAGGUAUCAAGCCAUCAUGGCUUAUAAUCCAUCGAUGAAGGAGUGGCGAGAAAUAUUCAUCUGGAAAAAGUCACCCAACUUCCAGAUUCACUGCUUGCGAGCUGCAGGUGGGGGAUUGCUCUGCUUCAAGGGCAAUCUUGGCAAAAGGAAGAACGUGGAAGAUGGAGAUACCAGGCUCCUUGUUGUCAACCCCAUUACCAAGUUAUGGCGCAUCCUCCCCAGCCUCCCUCCAGGCAUCCGAGCCUCCGGGUGCGUCAAUGUGAUCGUCCUCGAGAACGAACCUAACCAGUUCAAGAUUCUGUUCAUGCAAAUUCACCGUGACCCACAUGCACAACGCCGCCUAGUGGGGACUCUAUACGAUUCUGCUGCUGAUAUGUGGAUAACGUACUGUGAGGACACUACCCUGGAGUCCAUUUACCGGAGUGUGUAUGUCAACGGAUCAAUGCACUACAUUGGCUCCGAGCGGGUGCAUGAGAAUGGCGCUAUUGUCAGCCGAAGACAAGGGGUCUCGUUCGAUAUGUACAGUAAAGUGUUUUCCAGGUUUGAGGCGCCACUGAUCAGCGAGGUCGGCGCCAAGAAAUUCAUGGAGCUUCACGGCCGGCUUUCGCUGGUUACAUUCUCCACGGUGGCCACAUUCUCCCCCUCGGUGCAACAGUUCGACGAACAGACUGGGACUUGGGUGGAUGCGCAGCUGUUGCCUGCAGGGGUUGGUCUCGGCGUGCAAGGUUACGUGCCGCUGGGUCAGGGCUCCUAUCUGUACUUCGCCGACCCGCACCGACAAUCUAAAACCGUAGUAUGCUACGAUUUGUUGAAUAGGCAGAGGUUCCUUAUUGAAGACGCUUUUCCUGACUUACGUUUUGAAGGUUACAAAUUAUAUCAUCCUUCGUUGUGUUCGGUGUGAGAAGCAUGCAGCAUCGUCCUUCUUUGCAUGCCAUGCAUGCAGGUGGCUGCUUUUCGUUUUAAGAUUAUUAUCCAUCUCUAUGAUAUUAGACUAGAAAUUUUCUUGCUGGGAUGUGGUUUCUACGUAGUCGAGUUAUGGAGAUCAAUUGGAGUUCUAUUGGAAGGACUUGAUUACUAUGCUGGCCGGACUACGUUAGGAUAGAUUACAUUGGGUCUAACCAUCGAAUCGUAUGGUAUGAGAUCUGUUAAACUUGGUCGUCUCAUUGAGCCUAGUAUACAAUCCGUCGACCUCCACAACAUUGAUUGUGCAUGUUUUUAUGACUCAGAUUUAUACACCACUGGCUUUGCACAGUUUUACUUGGCAAAGAACAGUGUAAUUUGUCGUUCAAAA